AUGGUUGGCCCUGCUGUUGGGUAUCCAGCUGAGAAAGCCAGAUGGAACCACUUGUACAAGGUCCUAUCUAAGCCGGGGCCUUUCUGUGAUGAGGACUGGGAACCAGGAGAGGAUACGAUCACUACGCUCGAAGCCUCCAAAAUCCUGGUGAUCGGAGCCGGUGGACUAGGCUGUGAAAUUCUAAAAAACCUUGCACUAUCAGGGUUUAAAAAUAUUCAUGUUAUUGAUAUGGACACUAUUGAUAUCUCGAAUCUUAACCGACAAUUCUUAUUUCGUCAGGCUGAUAUAGGGAAGCCUAAGGCAGAGGUUGCUGCUGCCUUUGUCGAGAAGAGAGUAAAAGGAGUCAGCAUCACACCUUAUGUUGGAAAGAUCCAGGAUAAAGAUGAGGAUUACUAUUUGCAAUUCAAGAUCAUCAUCUGCGGCCUUGACAGCAUUGAGGCUCGCCGCUGGAUCAAUUCCACUCUGGUCGGGAUGGUCGACAUGGAAAAUCCCGAAAGCCUCAUACCUCUAAUCGAUGGUGGAACUGAAGGUUUCAAGGGACAAGCCCGUGUAAUUCUGCCAACCCUUACAUCAUGCAUUGAGUGCCAGCUGGAUAUGCAUGCCCCUCGACCUGCUGUGCCUCUCUGUACCAUUGCUACCAUCCCUCGACAGCCCCAGCAUUGCAUCGAAUGGGCACAUCAGAUUGCCUGGCAAGAGAAGCGCAAGGACGACACUUUUGAUAGCGAUGAUAUGGAGCACAUUUCCUGGGUUUAUAAUGAGGCUUUGCAACGAUCCCAGCAUUUUCACAUCCACGGCGUGACCUUUCAGAUGACUCAAGGAGUAGUCAAGAACAUUAUUCCCGCCAUCGCAUCGACUAAUGCUGUCAUUGCAGCAUCAACAACAUCUGAGGUGUUCAAAAUUGCAACCUCGUCAAACCCUUAUCUGGAUAACUACAUGAUGUAUGCUGGCGAAGAAGGCGUUUACACCUACACGUUUAAUGCAGAGAAGAAGGAUGAUUGCCCCGUGUGUGGUAACCUUGCUCGUAAGAUGGACGUUGACGCGAGCAUGACAUUAGGCGACUUCAUUGAAAGCCUCGGCGAGAAGGCUGAAGCUCAGUUGAAGAAGCCAAGCCUCCGAACAGAGGAAAGGACACUUUACCAGCGGUUCCCUCCUCAGUUGGAGGAGCACUCAAGACCAAACUUACAAUUGAAACUGAGUGAACUCAUGGAAGAUGGCCAGGAAAUUGCAGUCAGCGAUCCAGCAUACACGAUUGAUUUCCGAUACCGGCUUCACUUUAAAUAA